AUGCUUGAUUUUGAUCUUGAUGACGAUUACGACACUGCUUUAUUUUUUGCUCUCGCGUAUUUAACACAACAACAGACGAGAAGACCCAAGUAUCCAACCGAACGGGUCAAUUGGGACGAACAUCUUCAGAAAGAGUUGUAUCAGAACUCGUUUCAUAGGACAUAUCGCAUGUCCUAUCCCUCUUUCAUGAAGCUAAAAGGAUUAUUGGGGGACAAAAUAGUGCUCAAUGGUGCUAGAAGCACAGCGUCAUCUGGCACAGCUCCAAUCAUUCCUCAAGUUGUUAUGGCAUGUGGAAUUCGUUGGCUUGCCGGGGGGUCUCCAACCGAUAUUAAGAACGCGUAUGGGCUGACCGUAUCCACUGUUUACAGGUUGAGGGACUUGUUCUUGGAUGCUGUGUGUACAACAGACGAACUUGACAUCAGGCUCCCAGAUCUUUCCAAUCCUUCUGAGAUAUCUAAAUUCCGGUCAGAUUUCGAAAAACUAAGUUCUUCAGGGGUGUGCAAAGGUUGUGUCGGAGUUUUGGACGGAAUGCUUCAACGCAUAGGCAACCCAUCGGUGGCCUGUGCUGAAGGCCAGCAUUUGUGGACUCAUUGCCAUUCGCUCAGGAUUAGGAUUGAGAUGGCGUUCGGCCAUCUGACUAACAAGUGGAGAGUGCUGCGCAGACCGUUGGGAGGGAAGCUUGCUAGGCAGUCACAGGUCCUCGAAGUUUGUGCCAGGCUUCACAAUUUUGGAAUUAAUGAAAGGAUACUUGGCCUGGGAUAUUUACCCACACUGCGCCCUUUUGAGCAAAUACCCGGGUCUUCAGCAAUGCGGAAUUUAUUGGUGGAUCACAUUAGGGCUUACGGAUUGACACGGAGUCAACAAAAUGUUGCAAGAAAACGUGAACACGAAAAAACGUUCGAUUAUUGCGAGAAAAACAGUCUUAUGUAG